UGGGGUGUAUGAAAUGGCCGUGAGUUGCAGUGACCCCAGCGCAGUGGGCAGUGCGGCUGCUGUCACCGUGACCCCAGCGCAGUGACCCAGUUACAGUGACUCCAGUGCAGUGACCCCAGUGCAGUGACCCCAGCGCGGCGGGCGGGCGCGGCUGCUGUGAGCGGCGGCGAGGCGAGGCCUGGGCGAGGCUGCGGCGGGAAGAUGGCGGAGCGGGCGCUGCUGGAGGCGCUGCUGCGGCGGCUGCAGGCGGCGGACGGCGGGGCCGACACCGCCGAGCUGGCCCGCGGGCUCGGCGUCGACCACCAGCUGGUGGUGGGGGCCGUCAAAAGCCUGCAGACCCUGGGCGAUAUGAUUGAGGCCGAGCAGCGAUCCCACAAGCAUUGGGAACUGACUGAUGAAGGGAAAGAUAUUGUGGGGAAUGGCAGCCAUGAAGCACGAGUCUUUGAUGCCAUUCCACCAAAUGGAAUUACUCAGAGUGAACUAAUGAAACUCCCAAGUGGAAAAGUGGGAUUCAGCAAGGCCAUGUCUAAUAAAUGGAUCCGCAUUGACAAGAAAGCUGAAGGAGGACCUCGGAUCUAUAAGGCUGUGGAUCACAUUGAAGACGCCGUCAAAACCAAGUUGCUGCUGAUCCAGCAGGGAAAGGACAGCGACUUGGAGGACAAGGAGAAGAGUGAACUGAAAAAGAGGAAGCUGCUCAAUGAGGUAACUCUGAAGACCUAUUGGAUCACUAAAGGAAGUUCAUUCAGCACCACAGUGGUCAGACAGGACACUGACCUCACCCCAGAGAUGAUAGCCAAUGGUUCAUGGCAAGGAAGGAAGUUCAAGCCAUACAACUUUGAUGCCCUGGGUAUUAUUCCAGAAUGUGGCCACCUGCACCCCUUGAUGAAAGUCCGAACAGAAUUCCGACAGAUAUUCCUGGAAAUGGGUUUCACAGAGAUGCCAACCAACAACUUCAUUGAGAGUUCGUUCUGGAACUUUGACUCGCUUUUCCAACCACAGCAGCACCCUGCCCGAGACGAACAGGACACCUUCUUCCUGUCUGAGCCUGCCAUUGCCACGGAAUUUCCAAUGGAUUAUCUAGAAAGAGUAAAGAAGGUACACUCAGAGGGAGGGUAUGGAUCCCAAGGGUACAAGUAUGAUUGGAAGAUUGAAGAAGCGCAAAAGAACGUUUUGCGAACACACACAACGGCUGUCAGUGCACGGAUGCUGUACAAGCUUGCCCAACAGGAAGCCUUCACACCAGCGAAGUAUUUCUCCAUCGAUCGCGUCUUCCGUAAUGAAACACUGGAUGCCACUCACUUAGCAGAGUUUCACCAGAUUGAAGGGGUGGUAGCAGAUUACGAUCUUACCCUGGGUGACCUGAUGGGAGUUCUUCAGCAGUUUUUUACCAAAUUAGGUAUAACCAAACUGCGUUAUAAGCCAGCUUUCAACCCCUACACUGAGCCAAGUAUGGAGAUCUUCAGCUAUCAUGAAGGAUUGAAGAAAUGGGUGGAAGUCGGAAAUUCUGGUGUCUUCCGCCCGGAAAUGCUGCUCCCAAUGGGUCUGCCGGAAGGGGUGUGUGUGAUUGCGUGGGGUCUGUCUCUCGAACGACCAACCAUGAUCAAGUAUGGGAUCAACAACAUCCGUGAGCUUGUGGGGCACAAGGUGAACUUGCAGAUGGUAUAUGACAGCCCAGUGUGCCGCCUGGACUCGUAGCAUUCAGACUAAGAUGCACGUGCAGCAGGACUCUUUAUUUAAAUUCAGGGACUGGGGGAUGAAGAAGAUAAGAUCUUAAAAGAUAAAACAUCUUUUGGCUUUGGAGUUCGGAGCAUAUUUUACUGUCAAUCAGACGUCAAUAUCGCUCUGCCUCCAGAACUCCUGUAACAUGUGGUGGGCUCUUGUUCCAUUAUUUUAUGUUAAUAUUUGAAGAUGUUCCAGAAGCCUGGCAAGUUUGCACAUCUGUGAAAACGUGUUAGCACCAGAAAAGGAAGCUGGAACUCUGUUGCAGGUUGAUUGGAGUAUGUUACCUUGUUAAAGUUAUAUCUGCAUUCUAAAUUUCACUGACUAUUGUCAAUAGGGAUCAUUGUGCUGGAACUAUCCAUUCCUCACUGCUUAAUUAGCAGUAGAGAAAUCUUAGUAUGAAGUAAUGAAACCUUUCUAUAGCCUGCUUCGAUGAUUGUAUUGGAAGAUUAUGACUGUAGCACACACGUCAUUGUCAUGUGUUAAAUUAUCUUGGUUUCCAAGGAGUCCACUUAUGACAUCUGUCUUAUUUCAGAAAAUAAAACAAAUUGUAAAUCUAAUGCAAUAAAUGGAGCAAAACUGAAA